AAGUGUGGCAGCAGACCUGGGAAGAGGAAAUCUGGGAGGUGAAAGGUGUAGCUAGCAAUGAAGGUGUCACCACAGUCUGGACCCUCAAGAGAGAAGUCAGAAUGUGUUCCAGAUUUUCCCCAACUUUUUACUUGGGACGAGAUUGCAGUCCGUACUGGCCGGGGCCAUGGGACCUCAGGGAAGGACCGGUGGUUGGUAAUUGACAGGAAAGUCUAUGAUGUCAGCAAGUUCUACCUGGUGCACCCUGGAGGCAAGCGGGUAAUCAGCCAUUAUGCAGGGCAAGAUGCUACGGAUGCCUUUGUUGCUUUCCACAACAAUAAAACACUGGUGGCAAAAUACUUGAAACCGCUGCAGAUUGGGGAUUUGGCACCAGAUCAAUCUACCUCUGAGCCUAAUAAAAAUAAACAGCUGGUGGAGGACUUCCGUGAGCUGCGAGCCACUGUUGAGAGGAUGGGUCUCCUGAAGCCAAACUAUUUCUUUUUCAUCCUGAUUUUCCUGCACAUUCUGGUACUGGAUGCUGCUUCCUGGCUCACUGUGUGGUACUUUGGUGCAUCCUUAGUGCCUUUCCUUGUUGGUGUGGCCCUGUUCACUAUGGCACAGUCACAGUUGAACUGGUUCCAACAUGAUGUGGGACACUUUUCAGUCUUCCUAAAUACAAAAUGGAACCGGUGGUUUCAUAUAUUCUUAGUUAAUCUGAAAGGGGGGCCACCCAGCUGGUGGAAUCACCUGCACAAUCAACACCAUGCCAAACCCAACUGCUUUCGCAAAGAUCCUGAUCUCAAUAUGCACCCUGUCUUAUUCAGCUUUGGGAAGAUACUCUCCAUGGAGCUGGGGAAAAAGAAGAAAAAAUUCAUGCCUUACAAUCAUCAACACAAGUAUUUUCCCUUUUUGGCUCCACUUGUACUAAUUCCCUUUUUCCAGUUUACUGUAAUCUACUUUGCAAUCAAGCACAAAAAAUGGUUUGAGCUGUUCUUGAUGGUGACUUAUAACAUUCGAGUCUGUCUCAUGUACGUGCCCCUAAUGGGAUUCAAGACCUUCAUGGCGUACUACUGGUUCUCCAGGUACCUAGAGAGCACCUGGUUUAUCUGGAUUUCCCAAAUGAACCACAUCCCAAUGCACAUUGAUUAUGAUCAGAACAUGGACUGGGUAUCUACCCAGGUCCAGGCAACAUGUAAUGUCCACCAGUCCUUGUUCAAUGACUGGUUCACUGGGCACCUGAACUUCCAAAUCGAGCACCACCUUUUCCCUACAAUGCCUCGACACAACUUCUGGAAGGCAGCUCCCUUGGUGAAAUCCCUCUGUGCCAAGCAUGGUGUUGAAUACAAAACCAAGACCUUGCUCACUGCCUUUGCAGACAUUUUGCACUCCUUGAAAGACUCUGGAGAACACUGGCUUGAGGCCUAUCUGCAUGGCUAAGAAACAUAAAAGUCUGCUGGAAAUAUCUUCUCCAUGUAAGCUGCCACAAAAAACCUACACAGCAGACCACUGGAUCUCAAGGAGAGGGAUACGAUUGUGCUUUUCUAGGGGGCAGAGGAGAUGCCUAAUUUCAGUAUGAAUUUGGGCUUUAAAGGUAUUCUUGUUUUGAAAGUGUUACUCUACUCCAUCUGCCUUCUGUGACUCUGACUCAGUAGGAUAUCUGAGCGGAACCUUGUAGAAUAGUGGCUUUAUGAAUGAAUAAGAGAUGUCUCUGUCUUUGUCUCUGUCCUCAGCAGUCCUGUCUCCCACAUUCUAGCACUUAAAUGAUUUACUCUGUAGACCCAUGUGCAGAGUUCCAAAGUAAGGCAGGGAACAUGCCAGUGCACAGGGAGCCCAUCCACUCACCACUCUCCAGAACUUAAAAAGGGAAACCCUUCUGUCUGGAAACUCUACACAGAAACUCUGAGCCAAUCCCUGAGAGCAGGCAGUGGGCAUCCCCUGGGGUUCAGGACCUGGGGAUGCCCACUGCCUGCUCUCAGGGAUUGGCUACAGAGUUUCUGUCCCCCAGACCACAAGGCUGCCUUGUGCUCAAUUCCACUCAUGAGCUUAUCCUGACGAUUGGGCAGGAGGGCAGCCCCGAGCUCCUCACUCAGCAGUAGUCACGUGAUUUAAAUCUAAGGAAUUUUAUCCUUAGUCCCCAAAAUCAUGUGUCUUGCCAUAUGCACCCGUCAUGGCAUGCCAUGUGAUUUUGGGGCUUGGAUAUAAAAUUCCUCGGAUCCCAAUGGUCUGAUUAUAUCAAUGUCUGCUGGGGGCCAUUGCAACUCAGCAAAUUGGGGAAAGAUUAAAAAAGUUGUGCAAAACAAGAAAAGAAAUGGUAAUCUUAUUUAAACACUUUUACACUUUAUGGUGUACUGGUGUUAGAACUGAAAAACAAGGUAAUCAGAUUGAUAUCAAUUAAAAGCUCAAGUACCUAGAUAUAAAAGGCUCCUGAAGGGUAAAAAAAAAAAAAAAAGUUGAACUCCCCUUUCAUCACAGAGACUUAGUUGAACAUAACAUUGAUUGGGCAUGUCUACAAGUGCACUUUAAUGCACAAUAAUCUAUUUCACUGCACGUUGAAGUGUCAUGUAAAAAAUGACACUAUUGCACAGUAAAAUAGUCUACUGUGCAUUAUGUUCACUAAAAAAAGUGUGCAAAUGCACUACUGUGCAUUAGCGCAGCUUAAUGAACAUUUAUUUAGUACCUCACAUUGGAGGUACUAAAUGUAAUGUGCAUCAUAAAAGACACAUUAAUGCACCCGCUGGCUGCUCUGUGGUGGAAUACAAUGACUCUCCAACUAUGGGAUACAGAGAGUGGAUAACAAGUACAUUGGACUGACAGACAAACAUGAUGCUGCUGUGUAAGGGGAUAAAGGGAUUUUUGGAGAUGGCAGUUUGUUCUGUCUUGUUUAGCAAAUGUCCUAUAUUGACUGUAAAUAAAUGUAGAGGCAAUCUAGCUUCAUAUUCCACAACUCAUUGUCUAAGUGAAUUUAUGUUUUCCAUAAUGCUUCUUUUGGUUUUACCAUUUCUGUAGCCAUGUAAACUUUGCUGUGAUGGUGUCUGGGUAUCCCUUGUAAAGGCUGAGUCAGUAAAACAAUGCCAUAGGGUUCCACAUUUGCCUUUAAUGGCUUGCGAGAUCAUUUUAGAAGAGGAAGGAUUAUUUUUUAAAUGUUGACCCUUCAAAGUCAGCACGACACCUCCUGUAUCACCCUAGGAAUGAAUAUUCCACAUUUCAAAAUAAGCUUCCAGCUACCCCAUGAGCUUCCAGUCAGUUCAGAGGUAAAUGAUCCAAAGUACCAGUGGAAAUUGCAAAGUUGGCCAUUGGAGGACAUUUUCCUUUAAAACAUAGAGCACAGGUGAAAUGGAAACUAUUAAAAUAUAACAGCAUGUUGUCACUUCCUACGAGAUAAUUUCAUGGUCUAGAAAUGCACUUCUACAUAUCGAUGGUCAUUUAUAUAAUUGUAUAGGGACAUUGCAAGAAGACAGCAAGCAAGCCUGUCUUUGUGGUUCUUGAACCAUCCAUUUGAGUGUGUAACACGCUUGGAGCAAGAAUACCAUUCUUCACUGUAGUGCUCUAUAAUGUGCUGCUUUAAUGGUAUAGAGACUCUCAAUGUCUCUUCUGUCUUAGUGUAUUAAUUCUGACUUACAGAAUAAAUAUUUAU